AUGGGCAGUGACAAGCACUGGGAAGUCGUUGGAGGUGCAGAGAAGGGGGGGAUUCUGGUCCGGGAGGGUGCCGAGCUGAAAGCAAAAGAGCUGCAACCGCGGCUUGGCGUAGGUGCUGUGGUGGAGCAAGUUGGUGAGCUGCAGGGCGAACGACUCUGUUUUCGAAAGGUUUCUGGGGCCGGGCCAGACUCUGGCUGGGUUAGCAUCCGUGUGAAAGAUAAGCAGCUGCUCCAGGAGCUUGAAUCAGACAAGCAGGGGCCGUUGGAUCUUGCCCUUUCCGCACUGGCUGUGGAGGCGAGCUCAGCUAGUGGCCGGAGGGCGGUGACGAAACUGGAUGCAUGCUUACUAGAAGCGGCUGGCGACUCUCCUUCCGAAUUGCUGUUGGCACGCGGAUUGCUCAAUUGGCGCUUGGCCCGCUUUGAGCGAGCUCACGCGGACUUACAAGAGGCAGCUCGAACCUCUGCCACUGCGGCGCCCGCGUUGCUGGCUCUUCUUCUUUGCUGCUCGAGGUUUCCAGAUGCCCUGGCUCUCUGCGAUUCAUUGGGUGAGAAAGAAGUGCACUCUCUUGUGGAGCAGUGGCGGAGCGAGGCAGAGAAGCUCUCCAACUUAUUCUUUCCGUGUGUUCGCGAGCCUUGUCCUAAGCCCAAAGAGAUCUUCGAGGGCAUACGACAGACGGACAUGUUGUUUCAUGCGCCUGAUGGCACCGUCCUCGGAUUGCGCCUUCUGCUGCAGCAUGACAACGGCAAGGCCCGCGUGGACAGACCUUUGGUGCUCGUUUUUCAUGGAGAAGAUGAGAACAUUGACACCUUCUGUGAGGAGGGCAACUUUGAACCCUGGCGGGCCUCGAAAGUGAAUCUGCUAAUAGCUGACUUCCGCGGUUAUGGGUUUUCCUCGGGCACUGCCUCGCACUACAAUUUGCGAAGCGAUGGCGACCUGAUUUGCGAGGCUCUUCCGAAGCUCCUUGGCGAAGUGGCCUGGCCUUGGCCCGGCGGUUUGGCGCUCUACGGACAGAGCCUGGGAUCUCGGGUGGCAUGCUACCUUGCGGCCGUGCGCAACAGCGCAUUCUCAAGCUUGGUGCUGGAGACAGGGUGGUGUGGUAGCUAUGCUCCGGGAGCUCAGCCGCUUCCAGAACCGCCACAACACACAGCGCUGGCGACCAUGGGCUGCAAUGCAGCCGGCGACAGCAGAUUUGGAAGUCGCGAGUUGCACAUGGCUGCUGCGGCCAUUACAAGGAAAGCUCGCAAGCUCUUAGCAGCACCCUUUGCAGGCAUUGGAGCAAAUAUGUCAGCCACGGCUGCCGCAACAACCGCUACACACUUCUGCUUCAUGAAGGGCAACGAGGAUUUCAUCCAGGGCUUCGACGGUCGGGUGCUGAUACUGCACGGUGAUGUCGACCACGUGGUCCCGUCUGCGCAUUCGCGGCGACUGCAUGCUGCAGUGUCGUCUGCAUCGAAGCGGCUGGUACUUGCGAAAGGCAAGCGCCAGGAUAGCCUACGUGGCAGUACGGAGUACGCGGAAGCUCUUUGCGCCUUCUUCAAUGAGGCAGACAGAAAGCACAGAGGAUCCCGUUUCCAGGCAUGCAGACUUCAUCCCUGCGUCUCCCACGACCACGCAGUCACGGCUUUCAUUUCACUGCUCCAGAAAGCAGAAGCUAUUGAAGCUAUCUUGCGCCGGAAAAGACACAUCUACCAGCAUUUGCCAGCCAAAUGGCUCUUCGGAAUCGGAAUUAGGGUGUCGAUCAAGCUUUUCUUUUUGCCUCGCCAUGCUCCUAAGCCUCCGCUGGCCUACAGUCGUACCCCUGCUGCCUUGAACGCAGACCCAGAAACCCCCAAAUUGCGACAUGCCCGCAUUCUACAUGUAGUCCGUCCCCAAAAGCAAAUUUCUGCCGUGAAGCCCUGUAGGCUAUCCUUGCACCCAAUAUGCAGAGCCCCCCGUAUCCUGGUCUCAGCUGGAUGUUUGCACGACGUAGUGUCCAGGAGUCUAGGAUAG